UUUCACAGCGAUAAACAGUUUAAGUGUAUUAAUAAAUAUUUUUAUGGCUGUUGGUACUUUAACGAGUUCCACAAGUCUGUUAAAUACAAAACGACAAACUUAUAGAGCAUGAAUAAGCAUCGAAGAAGAAUCUCUUCUCUCGUCUGUCUUAAUUUAACAAUAACUUCUGUCAUUGCAAGUUAGAAAAUAAACCUACAGGUUAUAUUAGACUUAACCUAAAAGUAUGCCGAUUUGGUGCGCACAGAUCAGGGCUUGAUUACGUCUGAAAGGUGGCUACACAACAAAAAAUCUAUAAAAUACACAUUUUGACGAAUCAUUGCAAUCUUGACUGUACAAACUUAACUGUACAAGAACUAGAAUUGCUAUAGUUUAUCGCCAUGUGUGUAGCCACUAUGGAACUAGUCUUCGGAAACAUUUCUUAAUUUUAUAUCAUUGCUUGAGACUGUCUCCUACCGCAUUAACAUUAUUAUUGUGUAAUAAUCUCAAUGAAAGCACAGAACGAUCAGUCGAUCUCCAGUACUUUCCUGGAAAAGGAAACGGAAGCGUUUAAAGUUGCAUGCCUAAUUUGCAUCGAGAUAAAGAGAGUUCGGUGAGGGUGAGGCAGGAUGGCGAGAGGCGACGAGUGUAACGCAUCGAGACUGACAAGAUGGUAUCAUCCGACAGCUGUUAACUCCAGAUGCUUGCGAGUGGUUCACGCUUCAUCGUCCAGCUUCGUCGGUUCAGCAUGGCACUGGUUCCCCCGAGCCACGUAAGAGGCAUGAAGAAGCUGGACCGAGAAGCUUUCACCCAGGAGGUGGAAAUCCCGUACCUCCGACUGCCGGCAAAGCGCUUCCAGGAGGUGAGAAGUGCCCUGAAGACGUACCUGCUAAAAGUUCGCCUCUUCAAACCGGUGCAGAUCUGCGGAGAGCAACGGAUGGUAUACCUAGACCCUCGGAGAGUGAGCACGCCGGAAGACAUCCCGGAAGAUGAGCUUCGCAUCGGUCUAAGCCGUACCCUGGUGAAGCUCACCUACGAGAACUGGCAACCCGGCGAGGUUCUACGUGCCGUGCUCCCAGAGGACCUGGAGGCACCAACAUCCUACAGCCAAGUCGGCCACGUGCUGCACCUUAACCUUCGAGAAGCCCAACUUCCCUACAAGGAGCUCAUCGGUCAGGUAUAUCUGGACAAGGUAUCGCACUGCAGGACCGUUGUCAACAAGACUGCGAACAUCGAUGCGGAGUUCCGGAACUUCUCGAUGGAGGUCUUGGCUGGGGAUCUGGACACCGUUGUCGAGGCAAAGGAGAAUGGCUGUGUUUAUAGGUUAGACUUCUCCAGGGUGUACUGGAACCCGAGGCUAGGGACGGAACGUUGCCUGGUGACGAGUACCCUGGAACCCGGAGAUGUUCUCUACGAUGCUUUCGCUGGUGUGGGCCCUUUCGCCAUACCAGCUGCUCGAAAGGGUGCUGUCGUCCUGGCCAAUGACCUGAACCCGGACAGCUACCAUUGGCUCCAACAGAACACAAAGAUAAAUAAGUUAAAGGGUGAAACAAAGCUCUUCUGCAAGGAUGCGAGAGCCUUCCUCAAGGAGGACGUGGCCAAGCACCUAGUGGAACGGCGCCGAUCAGGGGAAAAGGGCUGUGAGCACGUCGUCAUGAACCUUCCGGAACGGGCCCUGGAAUUCCUAGAUGUUUUCCAGGAUUGGCUCGGCCCCGAAGAGGUUAGGAUGGUGUGCACACCCCUGGAGGUGGCGCCGAUUGUGCAUCUUUAUUGUUUCGUUCGCCCUGGUCGUGAUGGAGACCCAGGGGAAGUGGCUCUGAAGAAGGUGGAGGAGAGGUUAGGGUACGAGUUGAAACUCCCAGGACAGGUCCUGGAGGUGAGGUUCGUCAGGAAUGUGGCUCCAGGGAAGGAGAUGAUGCGAGUGUCCUUCAGGGUUUGUCCGCCUGGGCUGAGUGAGGUGUCGAAUGCGAAUGGAGGGAUAGAAUUGGAGGUUAAGAGAGUAGGUGGUCAGGAAGCUAGAGAAUCAAAUGGCAACGAAGCUCGGGACACAGCUGAUGAACCGAUCCCCAUAUCUUCCGAGGACAUAACCAAGAAUGGAACCAAUUCAUCGGUCCAUCGACCAACCGGUGACGUCAAUGGUGAGUUAAUCCACCAAUCAGCCCACGAGAUGAAGAGUGAUGUUACUAAUGUCUCAAUUCUUCAAUCGGAUGGUGAAGUAAAUAAAGAUAAAGAUCUUCGAUCGGUUAACAAGAAGAUUAGUGACGGUAAAGAACCAGUUCAAUCAUCAUCAAUUGGUAAUGACGAUGGUGAACUGAUUCACCGAACAGCUGGGAAGACAAACGGUGGUGACAUUUUCGAGUCAACUGAUCAGUCAACUAGUGAUCGAUUCGAGGAGCCGACUAAGAAGAGAGCCAGGAAGGAGUCCACAGGCUGCGAUAAGAUUAACCCCGUAAUCGUGAAAUUCUCAUAAAAGAUGGAACGCCCUCGUCGACCUUUCGUCACAAUAAGUUCCUCGCUCCUGCCCAACUGACCCGAGUGUCAACCAAUAGUGACGGGCGAGAUUUUGGAGAAAGGCCACCUUGCAAUUUAUUAUCACAUAGUGCGUUUACACCAGCUACCUUAUGCCGGUUUUAUAAAUAUCGAUGUUAAAGUGACGUGAAAGUGGCGUCAAUAACAUCUCAUUUGUGAAAUAUUUCUCCGAACUGAGUGUAUCGAAUCAUUUCAAACUUUACAAUGUGAAUAUAGUUUCAUUAGAAUAUAGUGAGUAUCGUUUUAAACAAUGUGAACAUAGAACCUGUAAGGAAGGUCCCUAUACCCAGGAAAUUUCUAUUUUUCAAGUUUAUAGAUAUUUAAA